AUGCAUGGAUGCGAUAGCAUCUCUCGCUCCAGUUCCCUGGACAGACAGCCAGGGCCAGGCAGAGACAGGGCUUUAGCAGAGAACCUGUUUGUGAAGUGGCAUAGAGGGCUGGGGGGCUCACUGCCGUCGGCAGGCAGGUAGACCACUCACCCCCAUCCCCCCUACGCCUAACCCCCUCCUCAGGCUCACCCCCGCCUGCUUGGUGACUGGGACUGCAGACUGCAUUCUAAACUGUCUGGCUCUUUCUCUCUUCUGCGUGUGUGUGUGUGUGUGUGUGUGUGUGUGUGUGUGGAAAAUAUAUACAGUAGAAGAAUUUAACAACAUUGUUAUAUGUUCUACCUGGAACUUGUCAGUAAUACAUAUGGCAGCAAAUACACUUCAUAGAAGAUUCUUGUAAUAUCUGACUUAUAUGGGUGGUUAACAUUUAGACAUAACAGAAAUGUUGUACGUAUUAUAUAAAAAACGUACAAGAGACAUGUAAGCUAAGCCUUCUAAGGUCUCACAUACAGUACAUGGGACAUACACAUUUCAAAGCACUUGCAAACCACUGUCUGACGUCAUUGACGCAUGCAAUGUGACACUUAUUGAAAAAAGAAGCAAAGUCUGCCGUGAGGAGGAGCAGGGGGAGUAGGCGAAGGAAGGGGGAAAGCAGAGGGGGAGGAGGAGAGGGGGAGGAGGAGAGGAGGAGGAGGGGGGAUGAUGAGGACAGGAGGAGGAGGGGGAGAGGAGGAGGAGAGGAGAGAAGAAGAGGAAGAGGAGAUGAGGAGGAGAGGGGGAGGAGGACAGGAGGAGGAGGGGAGGGGGGAGGGGAGGAGAGGGAGAGGAGGAGGGAGGUGAGGAGGAAUGAGUGCGAGGAUGGGAGUGGUAGGUAGGAGGCUAGGUAGGAGGAGGAGGAGGAGAGGGGCUGGAGGGGGGAGGAGGAGGGUCAGCUGUAGGACAGGAGGCUGAGGGGGAGGAGGGGAGGGGAAUAGCAGGAGGGGAGGAGGAGGAGGGGGAGAGAAGAGGAGGACAGGAGGAGGAGGGGGAGGAGGGGAGGGGGAGAUCUCUCAUCAAUCAUUCUCGCAAUAGCACAUUGGUAGUAGUCAGUGGUGUAAAGUGCUUAAGUGAAAAUACUUGAAAGUUCUACUUAAGUCAUUUUUUUGGGGUAUCUGUUCUUUACUUUACUAUUUAUAUUUUUGACAACUUUUACUUUUACUUAACUACAUUCGUAAAGAAAAUUAUGUACUUUUUCCCUGACACCCAAAAGUACUCAUUACAUUUUGAAUGUUUAGCAGGACAAUAAAAUGGUCUAAUUCACACAAUUAUCAAAAGAACAUCCUUGGUCAUCCCUACAGCCUCUUAUCUGGUGGACUCACUAAACACAUGCUUCGUUUGUAAAUUAUGUCUGAGUGUUGGAGUGUGCCCCUGGCUAUCCGUAAAUAAAUAAAAUACAAGAAAAUGAUGCCGUCUGGUUUGCUUAAUAUAAGGAAUUUCAAAUGAUUUAUACUUUUACUUUUACUUUUGAUACUUAAGUAUAUUUUAGCAAUUACAUUUACUUUUGAUACUUAAGUAUAUUUAAAACCAAAUACUUUUAGACUUUUACUCAAGUAGUAUUUUACUGGGUGAUUUUCACUUUUACUUGAGUCAUUUUCUAUUAAGGUAUCUUUACUUUUACUUAAGUAUGAAAAUUGGGUACUUUUUCCACCACUGGUAGUAGUCAGUGACAAAUACCAAAGCUAUGCAGGGCUUGACUUGGCUAAAACCCUGGAUAGGAGACCAAAGGUGUAGCUGUAGGUAAAUCAACUGUCCAGUAGGAGGCGCUUCCCAGCCUUAACCAUGGAAACUCAGAAAUUAAAAUGUAUAUACAAAUAUUGUAUUUUUCUUAUAGUAAUUGUCAUGUUUUUUUUAUAUGUUGACUUAUAAAAAACAAUGUGAAACCUAUAAGGAAAGCAUUUCAUUUGUAGAGGUUACAUUCUCAGAACAUACACUUUUCUUAUAAUAUUCAUAGAUGGCUCAUAUAAUUCAUAUAUUUUGUCUGAAAUAUGUCAUACCAUGUCUUUGUAGGAAAUGAAAUUGUGUAUGUCAUAUAAGGCAUAUAAGUUAACACAUAUACAAAUACACCACUGACAUAUAAAUGUAAAAACUCUUAUUUGAUUUUCAUAACUAUUUUCCAUAUGGAUGUGUGUGUGUGUGUGUUCCACUGCUGUGCUAUCACUUCCAGCAAUGUUCACAUGCCGCACCGCAAAGAUUUCGGUGUGUUUUGCAUCUUUAUGCAGAUCUGUAACAAACAGUGUUCAUUUAGGUUAAUGUGUUUUUUUAUAUAUGUCAUCUGGUUGUUUAUAUGUGUCUGGAAUGACCCAUUCUCCAGUGUAGUUUUCCAGUGUUGGGGAGUAGUGAACUACAUAUAGUUCAACUAGUAAUUUAACUACAUAUUGCAGUAGCUAAGUGAUAGUUGAACUAAAUUCAAAUCUAGGUAGUGUUUUCAGUAGUUAAUUACUUUUUUUGCCAUGUAGUGGUGUAGCUAACUACUGGAACUACACACCACUUUUUUUUGCAAAAAAUAAGAUAAAAUAUAGGCGUAGGCAAAAAUGUCCUUUCUUUUUCGGCAUCAGACCAGCCUAAUUCUCACUUGAAACAUUGUUUUUGUGUUUUAAUAGGCUAAAUUACACAUUCUGUUAACAAAUGACCCUAAAGUGAUCUGUGCAAUUGGUGGUAACAAUGAGAUAUCAUCCUCUCACUCUUAUUACUGUGGGUUCUGGGGAAGCAGAGGAGCCUGCACAGCUAUUUUUAGAUCCUUAAGAUAUUGAUUACUCCAUAGGUUAUUAAGAGAUUGAUUACUCCACAGGUUACAGAGACCAGUAGCAAUCCAUUAUGGACCAUUUUCAGUUCAUCGGAUAUUUGUGCUGUUGCUGAAUGAACAAACAAAAUACAGACAGAACCAAAUAAAUGUAUGGAAAGAUAGUUUGUAUUACAUUUACAUGUUAGUCAUUUAGCAGACGCUCUUAUCCAGAGCGACUUAAAGGAGCAAUUAGGGUUAAGCGCCUUGCGCAAGGGCACAUCAACAGAUUUUUUACCUAGUCGGCUCGUGGAUUCCAACCAGCAACCUUUCGGUUACUGGCCUAACGCUCUUAGAGCCUCACUAAAAUCGACUAUUUGGUAUUAAGUGAAUAAAACCCUAAACAUGUCCUCUCCUCUGUCUUCUCCCUAGGUGAGCACCUGCGGAUCUGUCCCCAGGGGUACACCUGCUGUACCAGUGCCAUGGAGGAGACCCUGUUUAACCUCAGUCGCAGGGAGUUUGAGGGGCUGGUCAGAGAGUCAGGGCGCUCGCUACAGGCCUCCCUCAACGCACAUUACAGGAGCUUCGACAGUGAGUAGCCACAGAGAACUCAUACUCUCCUCUAUACUGACAAUACACGCACAGACGCACGCACGCACCCACUUACACACAAAUCACACAAUACACAGAACACACACAAUACACAGAACACACACAAUACACACAAUACACACAACACACACACAAUACACACACACACACAAUACACACAAUACAUACAAUACACACAAUAUACAUACAAUACACACACAACACACACAACACACACAAUACACACAAUACACACAAACACUCAUAAAAUGAACAUGGGCAUCUACUCUGUUUGUGAUUCAGUUGUUUAACGAGAGGAUAGGGCAAGUGUUGACGUGCUCUCAGAUAAAUAAACAAACCAAAUAAAUGUCCACACAUCAGAAAGACACGCUGAGCUGUCAGCCUGAAAGGUAAAGGAGGUCACUAGACAUUGGGAAUUGUGUGUUUUUGUCAAAAUGCUGAUACCUCCUGACAUUUCUUAAGCGCUCCCUGUCUUGACACCAGCCUCAAGUCUGUAGUUGUGUGCAAUUUUUUCAAGAACUGGAUGACCUUGAUAGUGUCCUUGACUUGUUCUGAGAAUUUUGAAGACAUUACUGCAAUCUUUGACCCAUCACUAAUAAACUCUAUUUAUAUAGUCCUGAGGCUCCAGCUACAGUAACAUUAUGGAGCUGGAGGAUAUUGUACCCCGAUGACAGCAGCUGAUGAUGCCUGAAACAUGGAUGUUUGCUCUGGAAAUUAAAUCUCCCACAAAGUAAUCUGGACCUCCAUCCAUCCGUCUGAUUAACAUAAGAUUAAAACAGGGGAUGAUGGCAUGCAGUCAUAUUUCCUGUCUUGAUGAGCCCUAGCUGUCAUCAGAGUGGCAGAGACAGAGGUAGACACAGAAAGGAGAGGAGAAGGCGGGCCGCUGGGAGACUUAUGAUUUAUGAUUGGCUGUGGUAAUGAGUCAUGGAACCUUGCAGACACCAUGGUGGGGAUGUGGGGAGGAGGGAGGGGUGAAAUGUGAUAAGCUGCCCCCUCCUCCACUCCAUCCACCUCCACAGGCCGGGAUGCUGGCCCUGCUAAUGAGCAUUUGACCCAAUGAGGAGAGUGGCUGCCAGAAGCGUCACAUCACCACACAUCAGAGUAAUGAGAGAGAGAGGGAGAAAAGGGCAGAGAAAGAGGAGGGUGAAGCGGGUAAGUAGUGGAAGAGAGAGAAGAAAGAGGGACAGAGAGAAAAACAGACAGAGGGAGAGAAGGGAAUGAUGGAUUGAUUAGAGGUAGUGGGUACUGGGGCGGCAGGUAGCUUAGUGGUUAAGAGCGUUGUGCCAGUAACCGAAAGGUCGCUGGUUCUAAUCCCCGAGCCGACUAGGUGAAAAAUAUGUCGAUGUUCCCUUGAGCAAGGCACUUAACCCUAAUUGCUCUUGUAAGUCGCUCUGGAUAAGAGCGUCUGCUAAAUGACCUAAAUCUAGUGGAGGGCGAUAUGGAGAAAGAAAGAAAGAGAGGGGUAUGGUGGUAUGAGUUAGACAGUACCUUUUUCUCCUGCUUUCUAUACUUCCUGGACGGCUGGGCUGCUCUGAUUUGUGGAGUGAGAUGAAAUCAGUGUGACUGAUAUGUGUAACACACACCUUGGCAGAGUUAGUCUAGCUUAGCAACAGGAGGAAGGUGUGGGCCACACAACAACAUGGACACCAUCGCACGCUGGGGCUGGGCUGGCAGAACAGGGUUUUCUAAACUCGGUCCUCGGGACCCCAAGGGGUGCAUGUUUUGUUUUUUGCCCUAGCACUACACAGCUGAUUCAAAUAAUCAACUAAUCAUCAAGCUUUGAUUAUUUGAAUCAGCUGUGUAGUGCUAGGGCAAAAACCAAAACGUGCACCCCUUGGGGUCCCGAGGACCGAGUUUGGGAAACGAGUUUGGGAAAUGCUGGUAUAGAGCUAGUCCAGCUGCAUACACAACCCCUGCCCCCUCCUCUCCCUCAACAUCAGGAGGUUACAGCCACAGAGACAGAGGGAAGUCAGAUGUUGAUGAAGAUGAAGCAAUCCAUCAAAGAGGAACCAUAGAGCUACAGCUUCAUGAAGCAGCGAUAGAGAGGGGAGGAAAUGGAAGUGUGCAGGUGUUGUUUCAAGUCCAUUUGGUAUGAUUGCAGCUGUGUCUUCAGUAGACUACAGAGGAUGUACAGGAGCAGUAGGUAGCAGUAGUAGCAGUAGUAGAAGUAGAAACAGAUCAGCAGUAGUAGCAGUAGUAGCAGUAGAAACAGAGCAGCAGUAGUAGCAGUAGAAACAGAGCAGCAGUAGGAGCAGUAGAAACAGAGCAGCAGUAGUAGCAGUAGAAACAGAGCAGCAGUAGUAGCAGUAGAAACAGAGCAGCAGUAGAAGCAGUAGAAACAGAGCAGCAGUAGCCGAAGUAGAAACAGAGCAGCAGUAGUAGAAGUAGAAACAGAGCAGCAGUAGAAGCAGUAGAAACAGAGCAGCAGUAAGAGCAGUAGAAACAGAGCAGCAGUAGAAGCAGUGGAAACAGAGCAGCAGUAGGAGCAGUAGAAACAGAGCAGCAGUAGUAGCAGUAGAAACAGAGCAGCAGUAGAAGCAGUAGAAACAGAGCAGCAGUAGGAGCAGUAGAAACAGAGCAGCAGUAGUAGCAGUAGAAACAGAGCAGCAGUAGAAGCAGUAGAAACAGAGCAGCAGUAGGAGCAGUAGAAACAGAGCAGCAGUAGAAGCAGUAGAAACAGAGCAGCAGUAAGAGCAGUAGAAACAGAUCAGCAGUAGGAGCAGUAGAAACAGAAGGAACAGAAGGACGCAGAGAGGAGUGGUGGUAAGAGCUGCAUGGCCAUCUGGUUGUGUUUAGGGUUGCCGGGCGUGGGCCCUGGACUCACUCAGCUAAAUGCAGGUUUUUACUGCUUCUCCACAGCAGCAGCAGCACUCACAGGCCCGGCCCCGGCCCAGGCCCUCCCCCUGUCUCCAGCAUUCAAAACCUCAGAUUAGAGGGAGAGUCAGAGGCAGUCUGCCCUCCCUAACCCUCUCGCUACAGGGGUCAGCUCCAGCAGCAGGCAGCAGGCAGCAGCCCAGUCAUUGUGUCAGCAGAAUGGGAGGUGACAGAGUUUUAUUACAUUCCCCCUGACACUGUAACUCUCAAUAUCCGCUGCUUUAUUGCAAGGCUCAAUAAGGAGGUAUAUAGGACAAUGGCAUAGUCCCUUGUUGUUUUAGUUUUUCUCUCUUCCUCUCACUUUACCCGCAAAGUGCUGUUAACUGAACUGCAGUUGAGACAGUGCUCUACAGUUCUACAGUUGAGUUCCCAGGUUCUCACAGUGUCUAUAGUUUGUCACGCAUGCUAGAACACUCCUCCUUGUAUGUCACAUUGGGCCAAAUCGAUCUGCUCAUUCCCACACUCCCAUUUAUUUGUUUAUUUACGUAGCACGAAGAGCUUACCCACUGGGUACAGUCAUAAUUUCAACAUCUAGUUUUGAUUUACAUUUGGUUGAGUUCUCAACUAACAUGAAUUCAACCUGAAAUCAACAAAACAUUUCACCAUGUCAUUGGAUUUAGGAUCAAAGUGGAGGGAAAAAAUGAAGAAAUUCCCUUACGUUGAUGAGUUUUUGCAAACCCAAUCAGUUUUCCACGUUGAUUCAACGCCAUCACUUUGAUUUUUUUGGUUGAAAUGACGUGGAAACAACUUUUGAUUCAACCAGUUUUUGCCCAGUGGGUAGUGAGUUUGGUUUUUGGAGAACACAAAUCAAUCAUGCGUCUGGGUGCCAAAUGGGAGGACAGUUGGAUCUGUACUUUACAGUCUAGCUAAUCUCGUGACAGCCUGGUUUGGUUCUGGGUGCUGAUAUUACAGUACUACCUACUGUACACUACCGGUCAAAAGUUUUAGGACCCCUACUCAUUCAAGGGUUUUUCUUUAUUUUUACUAUUUUCUACAUAGUAGAAUAAUAGUGAAGACAUCAAAACUAUGAAAUAACACAUAUGGAAUCAUGUAGUAACCAAAAAAGUGUUAAACAUAUAUAUUUGAGAUUUGAGAUUCUUCAAAUAGCCACCCUUUGCCUUGAUGACAGCUUUGCACACUCUUGGCAUUCUCUCAACCAGCUUCACCUGGAAUGCUUUUCCAACAGUCUUGAAGGAGUUCCCACAUAUGCUGAGCACUUGUUAGCUGCUUUUCCUUCACUCUGCGGUCCGACUCAUCCCAAAUCAUCUCAAUUUGGUUGAGGUCGCGGGAUUGUGGAGGCCAGGUCAUCUGAUGCAGCACUCCAUCACUCUCCUUCUUGGGAAAAUAGCCCUUACACAGCCUGGAGGUGUGAAAAACAAAUGAUAGUCCCACUAAGCCCAAACCAGAUGGGAUGGCGUAUCGCUGGAGAAUGCUGUGGUAGCCAUGCUGGUUAAGUGUGCCUUGAAUUCUAUUAUUUGAGCUAUUCUUGCCAUAAUAUGGACUUGGUCUUUUACCAAAUAGGGCUAUCUUCUGUAUACCACCCCACACCCCCCAUAAAUUAACUUUUAAGAAGGCACACCUGUUAAUUGAAAUGCAUUCCAGGUGACUAACUCAUGAAGCUGGUUGAGAGAAUGCCAAAAGUGUGCAAAGCUGUCAUCAAGGCAAAGGGUGGCUAUUUGAAGAAUCUCAAAUCUCAAAUGUAUAUUUUUUUGUUUAACACUUUUUGGGUUACUACAUGAUUCCAUAUGUGUUAUUUCAUAGUUUUGAUGUCUUCACUAUUAUUCUACAAUGUAGAAAAUAGUAAAAAUAAAAAUAAAAACUUGAAUGAGUAGGUGUUCUAAAACUUUUGACCGGUAGUGUAUAUCUGUGUGUUUGUUGGUGAUAUACUCACAUUCUAUGGGAUCUACUGUACUUCAAGUAGUGGCCAUUUAGCUGUACUUCCUCUGAGCCUGUGUUCACUCUGUGGGCAAUAGAGUUUUAGGCAGAGGCCAGCAGCACUGAUGAAACAAACACUGGGAAGGCUAAGCUUGGUUUUUGGGGUUGGAUGUCACACAAUGCUUUGAAUUGCCAACAUACUGUACAGUAGAACUGACUAACUGCAGUCUCCAUUUUUUAUUUGAGAGAAUGAGAGUGAGAGGUACGUGGGUGGAGAGGGGCGGCACAGGGCGGGAUAGUAGACAGGUACCGAGGCCCAGAAGGUGCUGUUUCUCCUGACAGACAGGUGGUGAUGGAGCAAAUUAUGUUUUGGCUUGCAGCUGGCAGCUGGCAGCUGGAAACCAAACCGAUGAAAAGAGAGCAAGAGAGGAAGAGGGGUAAAGACAAAAAGGAAAGGAGAGAAUGUGAGUUAGGGAUAGAGAGUGAGGGGAAGAGGGGGAAGUGUUUAUGAAUGCAGGUAACCAUCAAUGUGAAUGAGCCUGAGAACCCUUUAGGCACUUUAGAAUAGACCAGAGGGCUGUAGCAGUCAACCAUCUAACUGCUAUUGAUCACCUAUCUCUUUUCUCAUCUCAGUGUUUGAUUGGUCGUCGCCUCCAAAGUUCCAAAGUCAUGUCUCUCCUCUCACUCUAGGCUCCCCAGGCCCUGUGUUAAGUGGUCUGUGGCAAAGGAAUUGAUAAGUGCUGCACCUGUCCAAUAGUUAAAACGGACUAUUCCUGUAUUUGACUCCUCGUCUCUCUCUCUCCUCUCUCCUCAGCGUACUUCACAGAACUCCUGAACAGCUCAGAGCGUUCCCUCCAAGAGUCCUUGCUGGCCACGCUGGGCUCCCUCUACUCCAAGAACACCCCUGUGUUCCAGGACCUGUAUGCUGACCUGCGUCGCUACUACCGCGGUUCCGCUGUCAACCUGGAGGAGACGCUCAACGAGUUCUGGGCACGGCUGCUGGAGCGCCUGUUCAAGGCCUCCGUCCUCCCGCAGUACACCCUCACUGACGACUACCUGGAGUGUGUGGCCAAGCAGACGGAGACCCUGCGGCCUUUUGGGGACGUCCCCCGUGACCUCAAGCCCAAGGUCACCAGGGCCUUCGUGGCGGCACGGCCAUUCGUCCAGGGCCUGACCUUCAGUGGGGAGGUGGUCCGCAAAGUCUCCCAGGUACUGUUAUAGUAGAGAUGUGCUGUUUCACGUGUUGCUACCUCUGAUAAAUAUGGCUGUGCUUUUUAUACCUGAUAUUACCACCUCACAUCUGCCACACCGUUAACCAUUAAACACCCUGCACACACCCAUAACGCUCUCAACAAGUUGAAAUUGGGAUUGUUAUGUAAAUCACAGAGUAAGUUCCUUGCGUAAAUCUGUCACAGAAAGAAAAUAUCCUGGGUGAGACUGUGUAAUUUUCACCCCCAACAGUGUGUUUAACCUUGGUUACCCUGGUGAAAACAUAUGCAUAUUGUACAUAUAUAAAGCACAUUAAGGGUGUGUCUCAGUAGGGGCGUGUCUCAGUAGGGGUGUGCCUCAGUAGAGGUGUGUCUCAGUAGGGGCGUGUUUCAGUAGGGGUGUGCCUCAGUAGAGGUGUGUUUCAGUAGGGGCGUGUCUCAGUAGGGGUGUGUCUCAGUAGGGGCUUGUCUCAGUAGGGAUGGGUAAAGGGCUGCUGUGCAUUUCCCCAGCAACAGGGUGUCUGAGGGGCAGAUGAAAAAUGUAGCUAGGCUAGCUUAACAACCACUGUACUACAGCCACUGUCUACUGGCUGAUUACUUGGUCAGUCUACAUUUAGCCUUUAAUGGAUGAAAGUAAGGCACCACUGGGACAUGUCUCUGUCUCUUUGGAUGGUAGCAGUGGAACAAGCCCAGUGCCUGUUUAAUAUGCCAACUUUUAUGAUGCUUUUAGUGGUAUAGAGAAUCACAAAAGGUGAUUCCUGGCACACUCUUGGAGAGAGGAAAGAGCCUUUGAGAAACGUUUAGGUUUUAUGUUAAUUUAAAUGUAACAUUAUUAUGAAAGUACUUUAAGCCUACACAUAUCUAAUGUGUAAUCUGUUGUGUCUUUUAGUGGAUCAAUGUGUAUUUGUGCGUUCCUUAUCGAACAUACACAAGCUAUUUACACAAACACCAGAGAGGGCAAUAGCCACGUGCAGGAAUCCAGUGGGCUCUCGCUCCCUUCUUCCUAAAAAGAACCACCAUUUCAAACCGCUCUUUAUGUUGGCACAAAGAGGCCGGAGUCUGGCCCAUUUAAAUACAGACUUUAUUUACAGCACGAUACCACCAGCUUUACCACUUUUAAAUAGAACACAGGGAGAGGGAGAUAGAAGUGGAGAAGAGGAGGUAUAGAGAGAUAGAUGAAAGUGAGUGUGUGUGAGAAUCUGAGAGAGAGAAUCUGAGAGAGAGAGAGAGAGAGAGAGAGAGAGAGAGAGAGAGAGAGAGAGAGAGAGAGAGAGAGAGAGAGAGAGAGAGAGAGAGAGAGAGAGAGAGAGAGAGAGAGAGAGAGAGAGAGAGAGAGAGAGAGAGAGAGAGAGAGCAAGAGCGAGAGCGAGAGCAUGUUGAUGGAAGAAUCCCUUUGAGCUAUGGUUGAUUACUGUUGUUACUGCCAGUGACAGUGGCUGAUGUAACAGUAUGGCAUCAUGGGCGUCUGUCCUGUCACUGAUCUUAAUUUAGCAGCACCAUUAACUGGCCGCUCCGCUCUGCUCCACUCCCCCUCCUGUUGUCACACUGUAGGAGAUCUCACACUGUGGGAUGUCACAAUCAAUCGGUGACAUUCGGACGUAUUAGGAAGCUGGCUGUCUGUUUACAUUAAGCCCUGUUGAUGAGUUCCUGUGAAGUCUGUUAAUACAAGGAACGGUUGUAAUGACGCCGCUUUAAUCAUGUUAUCUGAUCAGUCUCCUUGUAAAGUUCUUAAUGGUCUCAAACUCUAGACAGCAUAAGCUCGCACUUAUCCUUUUAAGGAGCUACAUUUGAAGCUGCAUUCUGGGAAAAUGACAUGGUCCUCCUCCGAAUGCUUUAAUAGUGCGUGAUUAUUAUUGGAAAUGAUAGCCAACUCUUCUAACAGUUAGCAUCCUUUAGAAAACAUCUACACCUACAUAUCCAUUUAUCUAUCCCCUACCGAACCACUCUUAUGCAUUAGCUGCAUGGUAUUGUUGCUGUUUCAUGUUGCACAAUGCACACUACAUAAUCAUAAUCAAUACAUGAUAAUCAUGAUCAUAAUACAUAUUAUAACCACACAUAUACAGUGGGGCCCGAAAUUAUUGACACCCAGUAAUUCAAAUACUGAGCUAAUUUUUUUGUUGUUGAAAUUAUAUUAUUUUAUACUAAUGGAAUUGCUCAGAGAAAGGGAUUUUGUUUAACAAGUUAUCUUUUUUUUUCUCAAAACAGUAGGAGUCAAAAUUAUUGACACCCCUAAAGAUUCUUAAAAAUAAAGUAGUCAAAAGUUUAGUAUUUGGUCCCAUGUUCUUAGCAUGCAAUGACUACAUCAAGAUUGUGACUCUACAAACGUGUUGGAUGCAUUUGCAGUUAGUUUUGGUUGUGUUUCAGAUUAUUUUGUACCCAAUAGAAAUGGUGAACAAUGUAUUGCGUCAUUUUGGAGUCACUUUUAUUAUAAAUAAGAAUAUAAUAUAUUUUUUAACACUUCUACAUUAAUGUGGAUGCUACCAUGAUUACGGAUAAUCCUGAAUGAAUUGUGAAUAAUGAUGAGUGAGAAAGUUACAGAGGAUGAAAUGGGUUUCCAUGGCCGAGCAGCCGCAUACAAGCCUAAGAUCAACAUGCGCAAUGCCAAGCGUCGGCUGGAGUGGUGUAGAGCGCGCCGCCAUUGGACUCUGGAGCAGUGGAACGCGUUCUCUGGAGUGAUGAAUCACGCUUCACCAUCUGGCAGUCCGACGAACAAAUCUGGGUUUGGCGGAUGCCAGGAGAACGCUACCUGCCCCAAUGCAUAGUGCCAACUGUAAAGUUUGGUGGAGGAGGAAUAAUGGUCUGGGGCUGUUUUUCAUGGUUCGGGCUAGGCCCCUUAGUUCCAGUGAAGGGUAAUCUUAACACUGCAGCAUACAAUGACAUUCUAGACAAUUCUGUGCUUCCAACUAUGUGGCAACAGUUUGGGAAAGGCCCUUUCCUGUUUCAGCAUGACAAUGCCCCCGUGCACAAAGCGAGGUCCAUACAGAAAUGGUUUGUUGAGAUCGGUGUGGAAGAACUUGACUGGCCUUCACAGAGCCCUGACCUCAACCCCAUCGAACACCUUUGUGAUGAAUUGGAACGCCGAUUGCGAGCCAGGCCUAAUCGUCCAACAUCAGUGCCCGACCUCACUAAUGCUCUUGUGGCUGAAUGGAAGAAAGUCCCUGCAGUAAUGUUCCAACAUCUAGUGGAAAGCCUUCCCAGAAGAGUGGAGGCUGUUAUAGCAGCAAAGGGGUGUGUUGGGGGGGGGGGGGUCCAACAUAUUAAUGCCCAUGAUUUUGGAAUGAGAUGUUCGACGAGCAGGUGUCCACAUACUUUUGGUAAUGUAGUGUACAUGCAAUGAGGGAAACAAGGUGAAAUUCUGUCUCUGUAUUGGAGAUUGUGUAUGCAUUCAGAGACCUGUGUAGAGAAUGGCAGUGAUGCAGGGUACUAGUGAGUGCAUCAGGGGAGGGAAGAUGUCACUGUGUGUGAAUUUUACUGGGCUUUUCAUCUGGCUCUGCACUGACAGGUGUAACGGCCCCUAUCGCUGGAGCACAGCCAUGCACAGUUGACUUGAUAGACACAGACACCUGAGCAGUAGCAAGGAACAACUCUUUAGUCUACUCCACUCUGGUGCCAGCCACCAUGACUGAGUGAAAACAGAAUUUUGAAAAGGCAUUUCUUUACAACAUCGUUCUAACUUGCCAUUGCAGCUCACUGUGUCUCAUUACUCCUCAAAGUUGAAAAGAUGCAAAGCUCCUUGAUGAUGAUGAUGAUAUUGAUGAUAAAGCUGCUGCUGAUGAUGAUGAUGAUGGGUGUGCCCCUCCAGGUUCCUCUGAGCCCAGAGUGUAUCCGUGCCAUGAUGAAGCUUGUGUACUGCCCUCACUGUAGAGGCUUGGCCUCCGUCAAGCCCUGUGCCAACUACUGCAGAAACGUCAUGAAGGGCUGCCUCGCCAACCAGGCCGACCUGGACACAGAGUGGCAGAGCCUCGUCGGUGAGAGAAACACGUGCACUCACAGACGCCCGCACACACAUAACACACACACACACACACACACACAACACACACACACACACACUGCAAAUAAGCACACACUCUCACAGUCUUUCUCCUUGUUUCUCUUCCCUGUCUCUAUUGUCCAGACACCAUGCUGCAGGUGGCGUCUAGCUUCAGUGCUGACCCCAGUGUGGACGUGGUCAUCUACUCCCUCCCCCUCCGCAUCUCAGAGGCCAUCCUCUACAUGCAGGAGAACACAGAGGUCUUCACCAGCAAGGUCAGUUCAACCAGUACCAAACCCUGACUAAACCUUCUCACUCUCACUCCCACUAAUUACCCAUUCCCUUCAGUCUUAUAUUUGUGUCUAAAGGUGUGGGUUUCAUUGUGUGUUUGGUGGUAGGUGUUCCAGGCCUGUGGGAUCCCCAGGGUGGCAGGCACACAGAGCUCAGGGUCUGAGGAGAGAAAGACCAGAGUGAACCCUGACAGCACCGCAAUGGAGUACAAACCCAGCCCCGCUGCAGGGGUCCGACUGGAGAUGCAGGUGUGUGUCAUUAGAACUGCAGGAUGUCCUCUCUGUCUUGUGUGUGUGUGUGUGUGUGCUGAGUAUUCUAACUAUGUCUUAUCUCUCCUAGAUAUCUGAUGUGUCCAGUAAGCUGAGGGAGAUGCAGCAGUACUGGGUCCAACUGCCAGCUGCUCUGUGCAAUAGUAAAGUGGCAGCAGGAGCAGCUGUUGACAAGUGCUGGAAUGGCAUGACCAAGGCCAGGUAUGAGGAGCACCUGUCCAUUAUUUUAGCUGUCUGGCAGAGACAGACUGUUACUGACACAUUGUCAACAGUAAUUUGUAGAAUAUCACCCCCUAACCAUAGUAUACUAUUCCUCCUCACCUGUCUGCGAACAUCUGUACUGUGUUGGAUGUGAAUUGCUCAGGUAACCCUGAGAUGCCCUUUAGAAUCAGGAUGAACAUGCUAACCAUUCACACAGCAGCAGACAGUGCACAGACACAACACUGCCUAUUGUCAUGUAACACUCUCGUUAGUGAAUCCUCCAAGACCCUCUGUAUCUCACUCAGAAAUGGCCUCCCCCCUCCCCUCACCCCCUUUCAUGCUAUUAAACUAAAUAGAUUAUUGAGCAAUUUACCUCCCUUUCUGCAGUGCCACAACUCCUCCCUUAUUGGACUGAGAUUGGGCAAUUUGAUUUAUGGUGGGCCAUUGACUCUGAAAUAUGUGACAGACUACGUCAUAAAAAAUGUAUGUACUUGUGGGUUAAUGGCCUGUUUGUGUUAGUGUUUCAAGCAGUAUUGGACGCUGAUAUAAAAGUGUGAGUGUGCAUGAGUUUGUAUGCAUAAAUGUGUGUGUGUAGCUAGGUUUACAUCCAAUUGGCAACAGAUUUUCAUGCAAAUAUUCUAAAAUCCACAUAAAGAAAAUAUGUGCAUUUUCCCCACCAGCGGUGUGUUUCCACCAAACUGACUUGUUGUGGAUAAAAAUAGUUGCGUGACGACGUAGUGCACACAAAAUGUACUUUUUCGCUUAAGUUUUCAUGUACCGAAUAAAAAAUAUAAUGUUCAAUAUGUUUCCAUCAUAUUUUCAACUCUACUGAUCGUUUUUUUUCAGAAAAGCGGUUUCGUUAAAUAGCAAAUGUGCCUUCUCUGGUCUUGGCACGUGCGCUCUAGCCAACAGCUCGUAGGCUGUGCAGGUAGGCUAGUCUACAUGAUGAUAACAGUGAGAAUAUUUUUUAUUUGUCAAACAGCAGCCAAGCAUCGAUCCUCAUGUCACCAGAAUAAGACCCUCGAUAUUUAUUGGAAAGGACCAUCAAGCUCAUACCAUGCACUUUCACCACCCUGUUAAGUUCAUCAUAACUUAUUUCAUCUGUAGCCUAAUAAACUGCAUGGUUUCCCGAGUUGUAGCGGGUGGACCACACACCCUGUCAUCGCUUAACUCCAAGUUUACCUCUAUAUGAAGGUUAUUAUAUCAAUAUUUCAAAUAAAAUCAAAAUGUGUUGGUCGCAUACACAUAUUUAGCAGAUGUUAUUGCAGGUGUAGAGAAAUGCUUGUGUACCUAGCUCCAGGUGUAGAGAAAGGCUUGUGUACCUAGCUCCAACAGAGCAGUAAUAUCUGACAAGACACAACGCCAUUUCUCGCAUAAUAAAUUUUACUGACACAAAAAUAACCCACCAUGUCGAACGAAGAAAUUACAACUUAGAAAUUAUCUGUAGGCAUUUAUCAAAUUGUACAGCAAAGUCCUGCUUCCAUCACACCUGUCGUGAUACGGUAUGCAGUGCUUAAUUUGUACAUCGGGAACACAUAGUGAGCACGAGAGGGGGUUAUCCAGGGGGCUCUUGUGGUACCGGAACGCAUGAGAAAAAUAGUGACAAACAACGUAGCAGCGCAGCAGACAGAGUAAACAGCCAAGUAUCCUAAUAUCUAUGGUGGUGAAAUGGACUGCGUUCUCCAAGGUGCUGAUUAAUUCAAAGCAUUUUAGUCUUCACUGCAGAACACCCGCCAUACAUAUAGCCUAUAGUAUGCCCACAUUCUCGAUUAAAGCCCUGCGGUUUACACAAGUCCUAAUUUCUUAUAAAUCUUCAAGACAUCAAUGUACAGCAAAAAUGUUUGACAUCACUGCAGAACACCUGCCAUAUGCAUAUGCACACAUACUCUGUACAGCCCAUCUUUGAAUUUUGCAGGGGUUAUACAUUUGCUUGUUCUUCAACUGAUGGUUGUGUGAUAUGAGAAUACUGAGGAUGGGUCAACAACAUUGUAGUUACUCCACAAUACUAACCUAAAUGACAGAGUGAAAAGAAGGAAGACUGUACAGAAUAAAAAUAUCCCAAAAUAUGCAUCCUGUUUGCAACAAGGCACUUAAGUAAUACUGCAAAAAAUGUGGCAAAGAAACAAACUUUUUGUCCUGAAUACAAAGCAUUAUGUUUUUGGGCAAAUCCACACAUCACUGAGUACCACUUUUCAUGUUUUCAAGCAUUGUGGUGGCUGCAUCAUGUUAUGGGCAUGCUUGUCAUCGGCAAGGACUAUGGAUUUUUGUUGUUGUUGGAUAAAACAGAAUAUAGCUAUAAGCACAGGCAAAAUCCAAGAGGAAAACCUGCUUCAGUCUGCUUUUCAACAGACACUGGGAGAUGAAUUCAACUUUCAGCAGGAUAAUAACGUAAAACACAAGGCCAAAUCUACACUGUUGCUUACCAAGACGGCAUUGAAUGUCCUGAGUGGCCUAGUUACAGUUUUGACUUAAAUCGGCUUGAAAAUCUAUGGCAAGUCUUAAAAAUGUCUGUCUAGCAAUGAUCAACUAUCAACUUGACAGAGCUUGAAGAAUUUCUUAAAGAAUAAUGGGCAAAUAUUGUACAAUCCAGGUGUGCAAAGCUCUUAGAGAGUUACCCAAAAAGACUCACAGCUGUAAUUGCCGCUAAACGUUCUUCAACAAAGUAUUGACUCAGGAUUGUGAAUACUUAUGUAAAUGAGAUAUUACUGUAUUUCAUUUUCAAUAAAUUUGCAAACAUUUCUAAAAACAUGUUUUCACUUUGUCAUUAUGGGGUAUUUUGUGUAGAUAUUGUGCGUAAAAAAAAUAUAUUUAAUACAUUUUGAAUUCAGGCUUUAACAACAAAAUGUGGAAUAAGUCAAGAGGUAUGAAUACUAUGAAGACACUGUAAAUCAUUGAUGGAAACGUAGUUAGAGAUGCUGAAAUAUUGAAAUUUGUGACAGGUCAUGACAUAAAAAUGCAACUCCAAGGCAAUGGGCCAUUAAUAAUGCAUGUAGGGCUCAGUUUGCUGUAUCGCUAGCUCAGCCGUAAGCAGAAAGUGAUAUGCGUAAUUUACAGAUAGGUUAACCGGCAUCAAGUAUAGCUAUUCAAGCUACAGGCAACUGCCAAAAUAAUGGAAACACUUGAGUAAAUGAGGGAUACAAAGUAUAUUGAAAGCAGGUGCUUCCACAAAGGUGUGGUUCCUGAGUUAAUUAAGCAAUUAACAUCCCAUCACGCUAGGCAAGCCAUUAUUUUGGCUACCAAAGCUUCUGUAUGCCCGUAGGAUGACAAUGCCCCCAUCCACAUGGCACGAGUGGUCACUGAAUGGUUUAUUGAGCAUAAAAACGAUGUAAUCCAUAUACCAUGGCCGUCUCAGUCACCAGAUCUCAACUCAAUUUAACACUUAUGGGAGAUUCUGGAGCGGUGCCUGGGACAGUGUUCUCCACCACCAUCAACAAAACACCAAAUGAUGCCAUUUCUCAUGGAAGAAUUGUGUCGCAUCCCUCCAAUAGAGUUCCAGAGACUUGUAGAAUCUAUGCCAAGGUGCAUUGAAGCUGUUCUGGCUUGUGGUGGCCCAACACUCUAUUAAGACACUUUAUGUUGGUGUUUCCUUUAUUUUGUCAGUUACCUGUAUAUAUACAGUAUAUACUGUAUGAGUGUAGGAUUUCCCACCAAAUACUGUGACCACAGCAAUAUAGUCCAGUGGAAGAGAGGGGACCAUAGAUGAAUAUACAAUAGAGAAGAUGAGGAGAGACUGAGAUAGAUACACAUAAAAAGGUUGACAAAUCAAUAACUGGUGAAAUCGAUAGACUAAAUCCCUGAAGGAAAAUGGAUUCGUCCAGCCGUAAAAACAUAACCCACUGUAAUGAAUACUCAGGGAGAAAAAGGUGUAGAUUCACGCGCAGAGCGCAGCAGGUGUUUAUUUCACCUUCGCAGAAGGCAGGAAUUGUGGUCACAGGCAGGCAAUGGUCAUACACAGGUAGGCAAACAAGCAGGUGAAACAAAACUAGGACUGAAGGCUAUAACUGGGUCUCACAAACGAGCUAGGAAACAGCUUAGUAGAGUCAAAACAAACAAUACCUCACAAGGCACAAACAGAAUGACCUGAACUAAAUAAGGAGCUGAUGAGACCUGGUGAGUAACUAACACAGGUGAAAUAAAUGAACCAAAAUGAAAGACAGGGCUACGUUUAAGAACACAAAGAAACAGGGCUAAGUUCAAGAACACAAAGAAACAGAGCUACGUUCAAGAACACAAGGUGAACUAAGAAAAUAAAUAUAAAACCUUACACCCACAGAAUUCUACUUGACAUACAUCUCCUUAAUGGUCCAAAGCCACAUUCAAAUAAAGGCCUAGUCCAAGAGCUUUGUCAUCCUAAUGCAAUGUAGUACCAUAGAAAUCCAACCGUGUUGCCUGCUAAGUGAAGUAUUGAUAUGUUCUGUGUCCAGGUAUCUUCCUGAGGUGAUGGGUGACGGCCUGGCCAGCCAGAUCAAUAACCCAGAGGUGGAAAUCGACAUCACCAAGCCAGACAUGACUAUCCGGCAGCAGAUCAUGCAGCUGAAGAUCAUGACCAACCGGCUGAGGAACGCCCUCAACGGCAACGACGUGGACUUCCAGGAUGCCAGUGAGUGACGGGCGGGGGAGGAGGAAGGGCUUAGAGUGCAGUAGACAGGGUUAGAGAGUAUGGGGUAUUGGGUUUGGGGAUGGGGGGGAUUGGAUGUAUAGGUUAGAGUUGGGAGUGUAGCAGAAACAUCUUGAACAGCUUGGACUCACUGAUAUCCUCAUUUCAAUUAACCAAUGCCUUUCCCUUGUCCCCAGGUGAUGAUGUCAGCGGUUCAGGAAGUGGAAUGUGUACAGGCGAGUCGUGUGCCAGUAGCGGACCUCGUGUCAUUGUGCCCAAAACAGACAGCACCAGAUACUACAAUCCUCCUGAGAACAAGAAGGUGAAGGGCACAGGAACCCAGACUCACCCCUCCAUCCUCCUCCCCCUGCUCUCAUUGGCCACACUGCUGCUCAGGCGAUAA